CUUCUGUUCUGGGCUCCACCCUGGAGGGUGCUCCUAGGGGGCUGUCACCCUGGUCCCACUUCUGAGUGGCAGGAGCUGAAUGCAGCUGGGAGGAGCCUCACCCGUGGCCCUUGGAGCCGCCUCACCGGCCAUAUUGCUUGGCUGUAUCCUGUAAGACCACAGGGUCCAGGUCUGCCCUUGUGCAACCAGAGGCUACACCCUGGGUCUGAGCCUUACUUCCUGGGGGUCCCUGCUAGCUAAAUGAGGGUCCAGGCUGUCACUAAGGCUUUUCCCUGAAGGUUGAGCUCUGGGCUGCUCGUACCAUCCCUAGCAGAAACCUUUUGGGUUGAGGGGGGAGGGUGCUGGCGCCAGAAGAUCCUGAGUGGUCCUUGCCCAAGAGGGUUCCAUGGGGUCAGGAAAGUGCCUGUUGCCCCUAUCACAUCUUGUUUCCUGUGAACAAGGAAGAGAGAGCCCUCCACUCCCCACUCCCCACUCCCUCUGUAGUAGUACUCCAGAGUUGGGUGGUCCUCUGGGGAAACUGAGGCCACAUUAGGAGAGAGCCUACUCCUAACACUUGCCCCUCUGUAGACCUCUGAAGCUAGAAAACCGCUCAAGCUCCCAGGUCCUGUGUGCCUGUACAGUCCCUUCCUGACCCCACCUCUGCAGAUAGGGAGAUCUUUGGGGAAGAUGUGGGUACCACGAACAGGGCAGAAGCUGUCCUGGGGGACCCCAGGUACUGGCUGCCCAUGGCUACCUGGAGCUGUAGACCAAGCAGUCAAGGGGGAUGGGGCCCGGAAGGAGAUAGCUGCAGCCAGCCCAGGUAUGAUGCCACCAGGGGAGGCAGAUGGGCCCAGCCUGAUGCUUCCUGGACCCACCCCAGCUGCCCGGGCACAGUCCAGCUUUCCUGCCCUUCGAACUGCACUUGUGAUCAGUAUUGAUGGCCAACGGCUAAUGAUUAACCACUACAAGGGGCUGGGCCAACGGCUCAAAAAUCCUGAGCCCAGGGCAUCCCCACUUCCUCCUUGUGCCCUGAGGCCAGCCAAACACACAGGGCUCGAUGAAGAUGCUGGACCAAAAGGACAACACGAGACAACAGCUGUCGGUAGAGCCAUGUGGGCUGCUCAGGGGCUGACCCAGGUGACCUGCAAAGACAUGUGGAUGGGGGAUGGGGACAUCAGCCAGCCUGGGCAGUCCACACUGAGUCUCUGGGCAGCUGCCGGCCAUACUGAGGGAGAUACAGCUGCAGCAGGACAGGGAGGGCAGACUGGAUCUUGUGACCCUCAAGACACUUUGGAGCCGCCUCCACUGAAGUACCUGGAGGGGACUUGAAGAGGGUGGUGAUCACGCGCACACACAAGAUGGGCUCAGAAGACUCAGGCGGCAGCAGCUGCGCCUCGUUUGUUCUGUUAGGCAACUGAGGCUGCGGGACAUCAGGGUCACAACUACCAUUUCAUCCAUGAAGGACAAGGAGGACCCUGCCAAGUCCCCCUGAUGUUAUCACAACAGAGUUUUUUUGUUUUUUUGAGA